AGGCCCGGGGGGGCUCGGCCCCCUGGGUCCCCCCCGACCCCGCCCCCUGCCCCGGCCACGCGGUUUGCGGCCGCCCGCGGCUGAUGUCACCCCGCAGCUGCUGCCGGACGGAGCCGUUGGCGGAGUUUAUUCCGGAGCCGAACCGGAUCGGGCCGGGCUCGGGGGGCCCGGGCUAGCGGCGCUUUGAGGCCCCUUCCUGGCACUCGCCCCGCAACAAAAGGACCGAGCUGGGAUGAGCCGCUAGCCCCGGAGCGCGGGGCCCUUCCCGGGCAGCCCGGCCGGCGGCCUUUCUCCAAAGAGCAGUGACCCCCCCUCGCUCACAGGUACCCACCUGGGCUCUGCAGGGCUAGUGCACAAAACCUGAGUCCUUGGGCCUGGCACUCCCAGUCCUGCUCCAGGUUCCCUGUGUGGAUGGCUGCAGGGCCCUGGCUCCCGCCCAGCAUGGAGCCCGACCUCCUGCCCCUCGUCCUGACGGCCGAGCCCUGGGGCUUUAACCAGCAGGCCACGGAGCUGGGGCCGGGCGCCCCCGGCCUGGAACCCUGCAGCCUGGAGCUGGAGCGUCACUACCAGGCCGUGCCCGCCGCUGUCUGCGCCCUCUGCUGCCUCUUCGGCGUCAUCUACAGCUGCUUCGGUUACCGCUGCUUCAAAGCCAUCAUGUUCCUGUCGGGGCUUCUCUUCGGCUCCCUGGUCAUCUUUCUGCUCUGCUACAAGGAGCGAGUCCUGGAGACGCAGCUGAGCCUGGAAAUGAGCGCGGGCAUCGCGCUGGGCAUCGGGGCGCUGUGCGGGCUGGUCACCAUGCUGGUGCACAGCGUGGGGCUCUUCAUGACGGGGCUGCUGCUGGGGCUGCUGCUGGCCACGGCCGCCCUGGUGGCCACAGAGCCGCUCUACCAGCCGCAGAGCCUGUGGGUGCCCGUGGGCAGCCUGCUGGGGCUGGCGCUGCUCUGCGCCCUGCUGGCCCUGCGCUGGCAGAAGCCGCUCACCGUGCUGUCCACGGCCGUCUUCGGGGCCGCUGUCAUCGUGGUCUGCGUGGACUAUUUCGUGGAGCUGCUGGCCCUGCUGCACCACGUCUACGACCGGCUGCGGCUGGCGCCCUCGGCCCCGCUCUGCUGGCACAGCUGGGCCGUGCUGGCGCUCUGGCCGGCCCUCAGCGUCCUGGGUGUCCUGCUGCAGUGGAAACUGACGGCCGAGGGCUACUCGCACACGGACGUGAUCAUCAGCCGGCGGCAGAAGCGGUUGCAGCUGCUGCGGAUCCGGCAGAGGGAGGCCAAGAAGCGGCAGAGCCUUCCCCCGCAGGAGGGCAGCUACCGGCGCAAGCCCAACCCCGUCAAGCGCUACACAGGCGACGUCCUGGCGCCGAGCUACAUCCAGAGCCUGCGGGAUCGCCAGCUGGGCACCAGCACCGCCCACACCAUCCUCGACCUGGACUACGACUGCGGCUCCACCGUGCCCCUGACGGCCCCCACGCCCGGUGGGCGCCUCUGACAGGGGCAGGGGCUUCACUUCAUUCCACUUGUGCCUUAGGGGUGGAGGCGGCAGCGGUGGGGGGAGGGCAGGGGGACCAUUUUGCUGGUGACACUUGACCCUCCCUUGCCCCUCCUGGCGCCCUCUCCCCGGUCCAGCAGCUGCGCUGCCCAGGUGGCCCGGGCACCUGCUCGCCUGCCCCUGUAAAUAUUCAAAGCAACUGCCUUCCCCUGCCCCUAUUGGCCUGUCCAGAGGGGAGGCGGGGCUCUGGGGGACACAGCUGGUUCCUUUCCACCAGUGUCAGGUUGGGGACCCUGCUCUGGGCCCCCCAUAACAUCUCUCAUUCAGAGUCCCCUGUUCCCCACCCCCGGCACUGGGGUGGGGGCAGAGCCCCCUGCCGAUUGCUGGGGGCAUUCUGCCUUGGGGCCCUGAGUUAAAUCUCUCCCAAGGCCAGGCGGGGCCCGUGGGGGUGCAGGUGGAGCAGCAGCUGGGGCCCAGGCGCCGUGCGGAGGGGCUGGCCUGGAGCCCUUUGCUCUGGGGCAAGCCGCUGCCUUGGUACAGAGCAUUCUGGGAAGUCAGAAGCCGGCCCCAGGGGGCACGGGGAGUGCCCAGGCUCAGGGCGAGGGGCACUGGAGCCAUCGCAGACACCCUGCCAGGGGGGCGUCCCCUCCCGGGGCUGGGCCUGGCAUGGAGGGACACAGAUCCCAACCCCACCCCGCAAGGACGCCAGCCAGAGCCCAGCCCCUCUAAUGCUUCUAGCAGCACUUUGCUUUUGUACUUUUCUAACCCGCGGGCUCUGCCGCCGGCCAUGGGGGAGGGGAGCCCUGGCCCCACAUCUCAGCCCUGGCUCUGGGUGGGGGAGCCGGUCCCCCUCUUUAUACACUAUGUACUGUACGGGGGGGCCAUUAAACUGCCUUACAGACCAGGUCUGGCCGGCUGGCUCCGUGUGUCUAUCUGCAGGGUUUCCUCCAGGCUGCGAGCCCUGGGGGUGCCGGUUCUGCCCCCUUCGGCAGGACCCCAGGAGCCAAGCAGCUCAGGGCUGGGGUUCCCCACUGCGGGGGGUGCUGGAUUUCCAGGGGGGGCUGGCUGGGGUGGCGACAGGAGGCAGAAAACAGCCGGGCCCCCAUCAUCAGCCGCUCCCAGGAGGCUGCCCUGGUGCAGAGCUCGCAGGGUCCCCAUGAUGCUCAGCCCAAUGCCUAUGCCCUGGUGAUGGGGUUUAUUGUGCAGGGAGGGAGCAGAGGCUCCCAGGGGUACAAUGCCCAGGCAAGGCACCCACCCGCCCCAAUGUCCUGUCCCUGGGCCAUUCCCACCAGCUGCCUGCAGGUGGCGCCUCUGGCCCAUUAAAAACCCCUCCCCCCCUUUUCUUCUCCAUCCCCUUGGCCCCGAUCCCAGGGCGCCCGGGCCCAUCCCGCAGGGGCACCUAGGCCUC